AUUGGUUUAGCUAGUGUCUGUGUGUUAAAAUCCCACGUAACCUGUCUACCGUACGAUAACCUAAAACAGAAGUGCAGGGUCGGAGCUCGCUACACCACAAGCGAAGACUGAGAUGGAAAAGUAUAGGCGGUCCAUAGGACGAUGGCGACUACUGGCGUUCGUCCUCCUGUUGUGUGCCCUUGGUCUGUUGGUGGGAAUUAUCAUUAUAUCCUUCGUCAAGAACAGGCAACUGGAAGACCAAAAGACGCCAUACUGUUCUGGUAAAGAGGAUAUCAAUCUAGAACAGCCAGAUGACCCGUCGGUAUUCCACGAUCUUACUGCAGUUGAGAUUGGUGGACUCAUGGAGUAUCUUCAUUCACAAAAAAGUCUAAAUUUAGUCGAGCCUUCAAAAGCACGAGUGAACAACAGCUAUUUGUAUCUAGCAGAGAUUUAUGUUCCAGCCAAGGUUAAGGUACUGAACUAUCUCGAUAACAACGGAGUUAAGCCUGAGAGGGAGGCUAUUGUCACAAUAUUCAGGGGAGAUAAGCGACCUCCUGUCGUAGAAGAGUAUUUAGUUGGUCCUCUCCCGAAUCCUAGCCACUUGAAAGAAGUCCCCGGUCGUCGACAGAAUAUUCCGUUCAAUCUUCGGCCAUUGAAUGGCCCAGAAUUAGUAUCUGAGAUAGUUUUCCUCGAAGAAACCAUUCACAAAACCUUAUAUGAUCUAGUUUUAGAGAGUUUUGGCGGCAAGUUUAGAGAUUGCGGAGAAAAAUGCUUGACAAUGCAGUCCCCCGCACCUUUUUCGUCAGCAGUUUCCGGUGUACCUCACGGGAGGAAAAUCUGGUAUACUAUGUUACGUACAAUAGACUUUCUGAUUCUCCAUCCACUUGAUUUUGCCGUUCUAGUUAAUUUUAAUCAUGACACACAAAACACAGAGGUAGAAGCGGUGUGGUACAAUGGACAAUCAUUUAGUACAUUUGAGGAACUGGCAGCUGGCUAUUCAGACGGAUCUGUGAAAAAAACGAAAGUUCCUUAUCCACCGGAAAAUGACAACACAUUCUCAAAACUGAAGAGACGUGGUCCAGCAUUUCAAAAAGAGUUCAAGAGAGAACCGUUGCAAUUUGAACCUGACGGAAAGAGAUAUGCUAUACAUCACAACCACGUGGAGUACAUGGGAUGGAAGUUCUACUACAGAAUGGCUGCCGUCUCUGGUCCACAGAUCUACGACGUCCGCUUCCGGAAUGAGAGAAUCGCUUACGAAAUCAGUCUACAGGAAAUAGUCGUCCUUUACUCUGGUUUCAAGCCAGGACAGAUGUUUCCGGACUAUUUCGACAGUUGCACCUUGUUAGGGCCCCAGGAUAAAGGUCUGGUGCCAGGCGUAGACUGCCCAGUCCAUGCUACAUAUAUGGAUACAUCGUUUGUCCUAGAGUCAUCAAAAGAACCGGUGACAUUUAAGAACUCCUUCUGCCUGUUUGAGCAAAACACUGGAUACCCGUUGAGGCGACACCAGUCUUAUUCCGCAGGGUACGGUGGCUAUUACGAAGGAAUGCCAAACGUAGUUCUUACACUGAGGUCAGUGUUUACUGUUGUGAAUUAUGACUACAUAUUCGAUUUUAUUUUCUACCAGAAUGGAGUUGUGGAAGUGCGUGCUAUGUCGACAGGGUAUAUAUUAGCUACUUUCCACACAGACCAAGAAGCGCCCUACGGAGCACAGGUACAUGAUAACAUUAACGGAAACCUACAUACCCAUCUCUUCAACUUCAAGGUAGAUGUGGACAUUAAAGGAAAAACAAACCGAUUCGCCACAUGGGACAUUGCUCCUACCACGAGGCCUAAUGACUACUCCGCAAAACCAAACGCUGAAUAUCACAUGGCAACGUAUACUCGUGAUGUCAAGGCCACAGAACAGGCAGGCGCAUACAAAUUCAACUUUGAGACACCGAAGUAUCUUCUCUUCUACAACGAACAAGAAAAAAACGCUUAUGGAAAUCCAAAAGCAUACCGCCUUGUUAACAAUGGAAUGGUAAAGCAGCUAUUCAGUGAGGGCGAAGGGAACGAGCCGGCGGCCAGCUGGUCGAGGUACCAAGUGGCUGUCACUCAGUACAAGGAAUCGGAAAGAAGGAGCAGUUCCGCGUAUGCCUACAUGGACUCGGCUGAUCCCGUGGUACAGUUUCAAAGUUUUAUUGACGACGACGAAUCCAUCAAAGACGAGGAUUUGGUUGCCUGGGUUACGAUGGGUAUACAUCAUAUCCCACAUACUGAGGACCUUCCAGUCACACCUUCCCCAGGGAUGGGCCUUAAUUUCUACCUCCUUCCGUACAACUACUUCUCUGAGGACCCGGCCAUGGCUUCUAAGAGUUCGGUCCGUAUAGAACUCAAGGACAAAACUAGACCACAGGACGGAAUCCGGGUAAUAAAGUACGAACCUGAGGAGGAUAAGGAAUGUGUAGCGAAAAAGAACCCAUACUUUGAAAUGCUAAAGAAGGCUCAAGGGAUGAUUGUUGAUGACGGAAGUGGUUCAACGGCUAUAUAAUCUUGUUGAACUGUUGAUGAGAUAAAUUUGUUAUUUCUCUUGUGAAUAUAUGAUGUGUGUAAGUAUGUGGAUGGAAGAUAUAGUCAACAAGAAAUGUUCUAAUACGAUAUAUAGCGAUAAUUGUUAACCUGUUGCAUUUACAAUUCACGUCAGAGAGAGAAAUUAGCUUGAACUUCUUGCAUGUAGAGCAUGUAAGUAAUAUUACUAUGUGACGAGAUGGCCUUCCUCGUCUUCAGAGUACUUGUCUCGUGUGAAAGGUGUAACGAUGAACAAAUCCUUAAGUUCUUGAAGAAACAAUAACCAUGGGAAAGGUACUAUUAGCGUCGUCCGUUCGGUUUUAAACACUUGUAUCAAAAUAUAGCAAAACAGAAAAAGCAAUAGUAUGAAACAUGAGAUAUUAAGACGACGAAACAAUACAAUUGAAUCAAAUAACUCCUGUCUUUUGUCUGUUAGUAAUAUCAACCAGACAUGUUUUUGUCGGAAUUCGAUCCAGCUGGAGGUUAACAUGGAAAAUGAUAGAAUUCAGGUCGAGUGCUUGGGAAUGUUUGCAAUGUUCUUUUUUCCCUUUUAGCAGCAGGGAUGGUGUUCUUCCGAUCAAAUUUUUUAUGCAAUUAUUUAGUUUUGAAACUUCCUAUCCUACCUUCAAAAAAUCUUUGUAUUACUUAUGCAUAAUUUUCAUCUUCGGUAAGAUAUGUAAACGGAUGCUCAUUUUUAUGUUACACGUUUUCUAUGCAUGAUAAAUGAUGUGUAAAUACAUUUUAAUUGAUGUAAUCUGAGAGGCAAUAUUUGUAUUUUUGUACAUUAUAAUUGGCCCAUUAUACCAUGUACACUACCUUUUUUGUUGCAUUUACUAUUGUACAACAUGAUUACUCAAACAGUAGUAAUGCACGUUAUCACUUCAUCAUAUGCCACGUCAUACCUCUAAUUUCGUUUUUAUUUUAUUUUUAUUUAACAUCGUAUAAUGAUUUGAAGUUCUUCUAAACUCAAAUAUUCAUUACUCCUUAUUUUACAAUACUAUUUUUCACACUCUCUGUUUGGCUAAGACAGUGUCACAUGAUUCCCAAUAAAAAGCUGGAAACAUGCUGGUUAAUUGAGUGCUUCUAAAAUAGAUUAAUUACGAAUUCCUUCUCCUUGGUAUAUUCCAGCAGUGUAAAAUAUCUUGGAAGUUUUGAAACAUGUCAAACAAUAAUUGUAAUCAUUAGAAUAUUAAAUCAUAAGAAGAUUAGUAUAUUGAAUGCAUUUAAAUGAAUGCAUUUUAGUGAUUAAUUUACUACUGUUUGUGCAGUAGAUGUAAUGAAUUUUUUACAAAUGCUUCACAGAUCGGUCUCUAUCAUUAUACAUGUACAAGUGUUUAUUGCAUUCAGUGCGUGAUUAUUAAAAAUCAAAACAGUAAAUCUAUAAUAAAACUAGUGUAGCCUUGAUAUUAAAAUCAAAACAGUAAAUCAAUAAUAAAACUAGUGUAGCCUUGAUAUACAAUUAUAGCCUUUGGAUUCGGCCAAUGCAUGAUUUUAUUAACAUUAAAAAAAUCAACCAGGGACGGUCAACUUUGUCCUCGGUUGAUAUUUUACCAGGUUAAUAAAACUAUGUAUCGACAUUAU